GGGCCAUCUAACUCAUCAUGGCUUAACUCGUUGAGAUCCGCGGUGAAGCCUCCAUAGGCUUGUUAUAGCUUCAACGGGAAUAGGCACAAGGGAGUGCUGCGUUCGUACAUAUCUCGACUCAAUGCCGGUCUUUGCUACUUUUGUUUCCAUUGAGUCAUUGCUUUCUUUUCUCACACUGCAUCGCAUUGGCAUUCUCUAUCUGAUGCUUCAUGUCCAUUGUCAUCGAGCUCCAAUUCGAGUAGGUAUAUAUAUCCGUUGGCGGCAUUCGUUUUGCUCUACAGUCUUGGGCAGCAAAGAAUAGGCGACGCAGAAUCGAACAUGCCAUCUCGUGGGGAUCCAAGUAGGCAUACCUCAAUAUCUGACUCAACAACGGAUUUCGAGGACGAUGGCCAGAAAAAGUUCGAUUUCGGCGCUCAGCCUGCAGCGAAUCCAGCAACGAAGGACGCGCUUCGUUCGUCAAGUCCUAUCAUUUAUCAUUAUCUAACAUUCGAAACGUUGAUCCCUUCGCCGACGAGUAACGUUUCAUCCGACGGGUCCUCAGCAACAGCACCACCACAGCCAGAAUUGAAGAAGUACACUUCGCCGUUCGACUGGCCGGAAAGUCGCAAACGAUUUACCGUCUUCCUUUCUUGUAUAGCGACUAUGCUUACAGCCUACACUGCGGGUGCAUAUUCUCCAGCUGUCAAGCAAAUGUCCGAGUACUGGCAUGUUUCAGACAUUGCGAUUCUGGCUGGGAUCACCACUUUCUGUUUUGGGUUCGCUAUUGCGCCGAUGGUUCUGGCUCCAUUUUCCGAGCUGAAUGGCCGGAAGCCGAUUUUCAUAGCUUCUGGACUGCUGUUUUUCAUCACUCAAAUUUGCUGUGCUGUGACUCGAUCUUACCCAGGCAUGCUUGUCGCCAGAUUCUUUGUUGGCUGUGGGAGUUCUGUGUUCUCAACAAUGGUCGGAGGAGUUAUUAGUGAUAUUCAUCACAAGGAGGGUCGAAACACGCCUAUGUCCUUAUUCUCAGGUGCAGCACUUUUCGGCACUGGCUUCGGCCCAUUGGUGAGCAGCUUUAUUGCGCAGAACAUUUCCUGGCGAUGGGUAUUCUGGGUACAAGUUAUCACAAAUGGACUCCUGCUUAUUGCCAUAACGCUUUUCUUCCCAGAAACGAGAGGUAGCAUACUACUGAGCAAGAAAGCAAAAUGUCUGAACAAGUGGUAUGAAGAACGAGAGCACGCUGGUUACUUUGGUUUUGAGAUGCCAACGUCGGCAUCAAAUGAAAAAUAUGAGUCCCAACGAGUCAGAUGGAAGGUCAAGUCAGACGAAGAAAGAGAAUCGCUCUCGCAGAUGAUUAAAAUUUCCAUCUACCGUCCAUUCCAUCUUCUAUUCACAGAGUCGGUAGUAUUUUUCUUCAGCUUGUGGGUUGCCUUUGCUUGGGCAGUGCUAUAUUUGACCUUUGGCUCAGUUCCUCUAGUGUUUGAGACUUCUCAUGGGUUUAAUAUUGAACAAUCUGGUGCUGUGUUUGCAGCUAUGUCGAUUGGUGCAAUAAUAUCUACUUUCAUUUCUAUCUAUCAAGAGCAGUGGCUCGUUAGGUAUCUCGAAUGGACGUUCAAGAGUGAAAAAAGUCCAGGCAUAAUCCGAAGCAAAAUCGAUCUCUCGUCUCCUGAGUCAAGACUUUACUUUGCUUGUUUUCAAUCGGCUUUACUGCCCAUUGGUCUUUUCUGGUUCGGCUGGACCCAGUUCUCUUCAAUUCCUUGGAUAGUCCCAACUCUUGGCAUUGGCUGCGCAACUAUGGGAAUAUAUUCGAUAUAUCUGGCAACAUUCAACUACCUCGCAGACAGUUAUCAUCGAUAUGCGUCAUCUGCUCUUGCGGCUCAGAGUUUCUGUCGGAAUGUCCUCGGCGGUAUAUUCCCACUCAUUGCAACUAUCAUGUUCAACAAUAUUACAUUUCAAGGAGCAGCAUCUUUACUUGGCGGAAUUGGAGCGCUAUUGACAAUAGUACCUUGGGUUUUGACCAUUUAUGGACCGACCAUUCGUUUAAGAAGCAAGUUUGCAAGCGAAAUUAUGUAGCUUUGCCCAAGCAGAACAGUUAAUGCUGCUAGGUAGUCACGUCGGUGACAUCAAAAAGUUAUUUGCUAUUUUUCUUUCCGAAACGAACCGUUUCGAAUUUACGACUUAUGAUAUAUGAACUCAGCCGAAGAGGCUAUAAAUUAUUGGGAUAAUUGGAUAUCUGCGCAACAACUACUGAGAUUAUGAAAGGCCUCAAGAUAUGGAGAUGUUUGAGCGUGUGGAAAAGUUUGUUAGUCACACGAAGAAGAAACUUCUGAGGGAGAAAAUAUUGGACAAUGUAGGAAAGCAGAAAUAUAUAUGAAGAUAAUGAGAUACGCUACAAAUACAUAGGGGGAAAACAGACAAAAAUUGUAUAUACCUUAUGAAACACAAUGUAAGCAUUGACGCUACAACGAUUAACAAGAAAAAACAACUUUAAGCUCCAGAAGAAUUUGUUGAUUUUGUGUAUCCA